AUGGCUUCCAGUGCCACCGCCGGCCUCCUAGCAAGGCAACUCAAACAGAUGCAAACGGAUAAGGACAUACCUGGGAUCAGUUGCGGUCUCGUGGACAGCAAUGUUUUUGAGUGGGAGGUCAUGCUCAUGAUUAGUGACGAGUGCAAAUUCUAUGGCGGUGGCUUCUUUCGCGCAAGACUGACGUUUCCGGCCGAAUAUCCCCUGAUGCCACCGAAAAUGAAGUUUGAAACGCCUAUUUGGCAUCCAAACAUCUAUAAGAACGGCGAGGUCUGCAUAUCCAUUCUGCACCCACCUGAAGAGGACAAGUACGGCUACGAAUCAGCCUCAGAGCGUUGGUCACCCGUACAGACACCCGAAACAAUCCUGCUAUCUGUAAUAUCUAUGCUUAGCAGUCCGAACGACGAGAGCCCGGCGAAUGUAGAGGCUGCAACAAUGUGGCGCGAUAGCCCACAAGAGUUUAAGAAGAGAGUGCGGAAAUGUGUACGGGAUAGUCUGGAAUUCGAGUAA